AUGUACCCUUAUAUAAAUUUACUAACAAAUGGAAAACAAGUAUAUAAAUUAAAUUCAUUUAUACAUUGUAACAAUAACCUCAGAACAUUUGUUAUUACUAAAUGUUUUAACUUAGGUCCUGGACCAGUUUAUAAAUUACCAUCAUUAGUUGGACAUGUUGGACAUGAUCCAUCUAAACGUAGAGGUCCAGCAUAUAGUAUAAGAUAUUAUGUAGGAUUAGAAAAAGAAUCAGUUGGUCCUGGUCCACGUUAUAACAUCCAGAAAUUAACAAAGUUUGGAAUAGACAAACCACCUGCAUAUACGAUAGCCAUUAAAUAUGCUGAUCCAAUUUUAGAUUUAGGGCCAGGACCUGGCGCAUAUUCGCCUGAACAAUGUCUACCAAUGAAUCAUAGUCGUAGAGCUCCUGCUUAUAGCAUCAAAUCUAAAGGUCAAGCAUUGCAAAUUCUUGAAGGGCCUGGACCAAAUGCUUACACAAUACCAACAUGUAUAGGUUCUAAAAUACCAGAUAAGAGAGCACAAGCUGCUUAUACCAUUGGUGGGUAUUACGAACCUCCAUUAGAAACUUUAAGUCCAGGUCCAGCGGCUUAUGCGAAUCUUGAUCCAAAUAUUGUAAAGAAACGCAAUCCAAUGUACAGUUUUAAAUGGCGUCACGAACUUCCUGAAGAUUAUCUGAGUCCAGGACCACGUUAUAAUCCUACUUUUAAUACUGGAAGACGUGCUCCUAAAUUUUCGUUUGGUGUUAGACACAGUGAAUGUGCAGGGAAUCCUAUUACGAGUUUAGACGAAGAUUGAACGGAAAGAAGAAUAUGCACGCGCUUUUGCGUUGAUUGGAUCGACGAGAUUUUGUACAAAUUGUAUAAUAAUUUUAUAUGUUUUUACACCUUGUGUUUAAUAAAUGUGAUGUGUCUUCAAUCA